AGAAAACUUCAAUCAUGGCGGUUUUAUGCUUGACAACAGUAACGGGAGUUGUAGUGUUUUGUCAGCAGCGAUUCAACGGGACUGCUUGGCUUAUGAAGAAAACUUUCUCAAGAUGUUCGUCAAGGAAGUCUAACGGAGCCAGGAUCAGGGCAGGUAGGGGACCUUGAUGUGCAUCCACACCCAAGAAAGAUGCACUGAACUGAGAAACAUCUGCUGAAGUGCCCCCCUUACAGCAGCUAUGGCCUCAGCGACGUCUUGCCCAGGACCCGUGGCUCUCGGCUCGCAGGUUCAUGCUGCUGCUGUCAAUGGAGAUAGGAGCGCCCUCCUCAAACUCAUCACAGCAGAGCCGUCACUGCGGGAUCGAGAGGACCAGUUUGGCCGGACUCCCCUGAUGUACUGUGUCCUGGCUGACCGCCUGGACUGUGCAGAGAUCCUGUUGAAGGCCGGAGCCUCGGUCAACAAGACCGACCAAAGCCAGCGCGCCGCCCUUCACCUUGCCGCACAGAAGGGGAAUUUGCGUUUCCUGAAGCUGCUUCUGUCCAGACGGGCUAACUGGCUGCAGAAAGAUUUAGAGGAGAUGACCCCUCUCCACCUUGCUACCCGGCACCCCUCCCAAAAAGCCCUCGCACUGCUGCUUAAACACAUCGGACCUGGAGAGGUUGACACCCAAGACAAGAACAAGCAAACGGCUCUCCACUGGUCGGCUUUUUAUAACCGACCAGAACACGUUCGCCUUCUGAUCAAGCACGACUCCAACAUUGGCAUCCCAGACAGCGAGGGCAAGAUUCCUUUGCACUGGGCAGCGCACAGUCAGGAGCAAAGCGCCACACAAACUGUCCGCUGCAUACUGGAGGCAGCUCCCACUGAGUCCCUUUUGAACUGGCAGGACUAUGAGGGGCGGACCCCCCUGCACUUUGCGGUUGCUGACGGUAACGAGGCAGUGGUGGAGGUGCUGACGUCUUACGGGGGCUGCAAUGUGACAGCUUAUGAUAACCUCUUCAGAACACCGCUGCACUGGGCAGCUCUGCUCGGACAUGCCAGAAUAGUCCACCUGCUGCUGGAGAGAAACACUUCAGGCACUAUUCCCUCAGACAGCCAAGGAGCAACACCUCUGCACUAUGGUGCUCAGAGCAACAAUGCUGAGACGGUGGGAGUGUUUCUGUCCCACCCAUCUGUUAAGGAUGAACCCGACCUGGAGGGGAGGACGGCUUUUAUGUGGGCCGCUGGGAAGGGCAGUGAUGAUGUCAUCCGCACCAUGCUGGCACUCACCCCUCACAUUGACAUCAACAUGGCCGACAAGUACGGAGGCACCGCACUACAUGCGGCCUCCCUGUCAGGCCAUGUGAGCACAGUGAAGCUGCUGUUGGAGCGGGGAGCGAUGGUCGACUCUUUGGAUGUAAUGAAACACACGCCGCUGUUCCGGGCUUGUGAGAUGGGACACAGAGAUGUCAUUCUCACACUCAUCAAAGGUUCUGCAAGUGUGGACCUGGUAGACGUGGAUGGUCACACUGCGUUGCAUUGGGCGGCUCUUGGAGGCAAUGCUGAGGUCUGCCAGAUACUCAUGGAGAAUGGGAUCAGUCCAAAUGUACAGGACCAGGCAGGACGGACUCCUCUGCAGUGUGCUGCUUAUGGCGGCUACAUCACUUGCAUGGCUGUCCUCAUGGAGAACAACGCUGAUCCAAACAUACAGGACAAGGAGGGGCGGACUGCUCUUCACUGGUCAUGUAACAAUGGCUACCUGGACGCUGUAAAACUCCUGCUGGGAUACAACGCCUUCCCUAACCACAUGGAACACACUGAGGAGAGGUACACCCCUCUGGACUACGCUCUGCUGGGGGGGCACAGUGAGGUGACUCAGUUCAUGCUGGAGCACGGCGCUCUGUCCAUAGCAGCCAUCCAGGACAUUGCUGCUGCCUCCAUCCAGGCUGUCUACAAGGGCUACACCGUCCGGAAGGCCUUCAGGGAGAGAAAGCAGCUCCUCAUGAGGCACGAGCAGCUGCGCAAGGAUGCAGCCAAGAAACGAGAGGAAGAACAGCGGAGAAGAGGAGCUGUGCAGCGUGUCUCUGUGGACGUUGCAGAGAAGCGGAGGGGACCUUUGGUGAGAACAGAGCAGGACAAACUUGUGAACAUUAUAGAGGACUUAUCCAUAAAUGACUCUGUGGUGGAAAAAAAGAAAUCCUCAAAAGCUGAACGCACCAAAAGCAAAGAGGAGAGACUCAAAGUAGCCCACAAGAGCAAAUCCUCCAGAAGAAGUAAAGCAGCUGAACCACAUGAGGUUCAUGAUGCUUUGAGUCGCCACUGUCAUUUGCCUGGUGCUCUCCCGACCACCAGGCUGAGGGAACUUCUCUCUCCCAGCCUCAAACCUCGACCCCCCUCCACGGCCAAAGUCAGGGAACGUCCCUCUUCAGGCACAUGCAUUCCUUCCACAAGCGUCGCAGGGACAGACACUUUUAACAGAGAAUGCAUCCCUCUAAAAAAGAAAGAUGCUCACAUGACUGUGCACACUGCCCCUGGCAAGGAUGAUGCCCCCACUGCUCUACAAAAGCACAGAAACCACAAAGAGCAGACUUCAGAAAAGGCCGCCACCAAAGACCAAACUCUCACUCCCUCAUUAAGAGGCAGUUCAUCUUUAGAUCACAAAAGCCCCUCAAGAAAGACUCAGUCUGCCACACAAGCACCCAUCUCAACACGCACGCACAAAGAACAGAACAAAGAGCAGCGCAGGAGGAGGAAUGAGGCUGCGUGCAUCAUCCAGCGAGCUUGGCGGAGGUUCCACACACGCAGAAGGAGGAAGGUACAAGCCUGCGGGGAGGCGGAGUCUAGUGAUUCAAACCACGCGCACAACAGGAAGAAGAUGGAAAAUCGAGCCCAACCCGCCAAACUUUCAGCGAGUAAGAGCUCAGUGCUACAAAGUAUUUAUGGAAACUCUGUGGCCAGAAGGGGGCGCUCACUUCGGGGCUCUCAGUCUCAACUCCUCCUGGAGAUGCCUUUCCGUACCCAAAGCCAGUUGAGCGGUAUAGAGUGUGUGCAUCUGACUGAUGCCAUGAAUCAAGCCAAGCAGUACUCUUACCACCUGAGGCCUCACAGCGCUGGACAGGGGACCAGAGGCCGAGGAAAACAUUGAAACUACACACACACACACACACUUUGAUGUUUUCUCAGCUGGCUGGCAGCCUUCCCUCUAUAGAAUUACUUUACACAUUGUUCACUCAAUGUGCCAAGCUUUCUAAAAUUAAGCCAUAUGACAUCAGAGCCAUGACCUCACAGGGUGGGGUUAAGUCUACAGAAAUGGUGUGUGUAAAAGAUAACCUUUCAUCCAUUGUGGAAUGAACACACGCCUUCCCACUCGCUCUCCAUCGUUCUCACACACACUGAGAUAACCUUUCCUCCUGUUGUGGAGAAUGAGGCAGUCUAUCAACAGCCAGUCAUCCAGAUAGCCCACCUGCAGACACACACACACACACACACACACACACACUCACCUCUAAAGAAACUUAAGAGACCAGCAUAUUAAAGUGAAAUCUAGUGUUACCUUAGUAUGCACUUGCACAAUAAUCCAGUUUGUAAUUGUAUAUGUCCCUGAAUGUUUUUGGUUUUUUAAUAAUUUGUACUAUAAGUGUAUUAUAAGAAAUAAAACAAAUAUUGACACAA